AUGUCAGGCCAAGAGAAAACAUCAAGAAGAAGAGUGUUUGGCACUUCUAAUGCUGUAAAGGUGCCGCCGACAGAAACUACUAUUGAUGAGAGUGUACUGAAAGCUGACUCUGUGGGUGAUCAAUCAAUUCAAUGUCCCAUAUGUCAAGAGGGAAUGAUAACUUUACAACAACUAGACCAGCAUAUAACCGAUAUUCAUGAUUCAAAUAAUGAUUCCAGAGAUUCCACUUCUCAUUCACCACCACAUUCUAACCAUGGUUCACAUAUGAUGACUUCUACUUCUCCCUUACCAACAAUAUCAUUACCUACAAUAAAUAAUGAAUUUCUUAACGGGAGUGUAGGCAAAUGGAUUAAAAGCAAUUUCGAUACUAAUACAACGGGUAUACCUUCAGAUUCACCCUCACGUACGUCUAACAAUUCACCUUCAACGACUCCUCAAAGGAGAAAGACAAUCAAAUUAGAUGUUCUUGAUAAUAAUAAAGGGUUCAGUUUAAGAGAUGACAAUGGUACAUUUUCCAAUUCAAAGCAUCCUAAUGUGUUUAACGAAGCAGAAAUGGCUGUCUAUUCUGAAUCAUCAUCUCCAUUGCGAGCAGGUGGUCGAGCAAAUACUAGAAUUAGUAGAGCCCAUUGGCAACAACCUUCCUCGGUUAAUAAUGAUACAUGUACAGAUUCAACCUGUCGGAAACAUCUAAAUGUCAAAAAUGGAAAGGUAAACUGUAGGAAAUGUGGUAAACUUUAUUGUAAUGAGCACACCUACUAUAAAGUGAGGCUAAUGAAUACAUCAACGAUACCGGAUUAUCAACCAAGUAAACUGGGGACAUGGUCAAGAGUAUGUCAAAAUUGCUAUCUUAAGAAGCCAGAUUUGGUAGAUGAAGAAAGAUCAGCGUUUUCUGUUGAUUUAACCACGAAAUUCAAAAGGAUACGUCUGGAAACAAAUGAUGAGCGAGAAUUGAUUAGAAAUAGAGUUCAAAAACGAUUUAUUAAACUUGUCGACUUACUUGCAGAUUAUUAUUUAUCCACGAAACCCAAUGAGACUUUCAAUUUAUGGAAUACUUUAUCAUCAAUAUCCAAACCGUCGAAAUGGACAAAGGAGUAUAUUUUGAAUGAGGAGCGGAAAAUCGUCGGGUAUGACAAUUGGUUGAAUGAUCAUGAUGUGAAACAAUGCCCAAUUUGCUUUUCUCCCUUUAAUAUUCUAACAAGAAGACACCAUUGUAGAUUCUGUGGGAAAAUUGUAUGUGAUGGGACUCUUAAUGGUAAACAAAUUGUCUGUUCGAUGGAUGUACCAUUGAGUAUUCUUUUGGAAAAGCUUUGUAAUUUGAAUUAUUCUCCACUGGUGAGGAAUAAUAUAGAUGAGUUAUUAAAUGUUUCUCAUACCAAUGAGAAGUUCAGGAUCAGAUCUUGCGUGGAGUGCAAGGAUAUAUUAUUGUAUGAUUGGAAGAGAAAAGGAGGGGAACAACAGCAGCCCCAUCAAAAAGAUAGACAAGAUAACGAGAGUAUAAUGAAGGAUAAGAUCUUCCAACUACAUUCCCAACAACUCAAUGUUAAAGAAAGGAUAACUCAACUUUAUCCUAGGUAUGAACAACUCAUAAAGACGUACGAUCAAAAGAAUGUUGAUGAAAUAAAUAAAUUGAGAGUUAAACUAAUGUCUUUCUUACGAGACUUUGAAUCUUUGACGGGUAUUUUCAAAAAAUCAUUCUUUGAAGGUGGUAAGGAUAUAGUAAAGCCAAGAACAACCUUCUCUCCAGAUUAUCAACAACUAAUUAAGAAUAUUUAUCAAGGAGCAGUUCUUUUUCUACAAGAUACACUUAUCAAUGUGAAGACAUUAUCGAAUACACUUAAGGAAGCAGAGAGGAGUAGCGUCGCUGAACAGCAUCAGUUACUUUCUGAAACAGAGAACAACGUUAUUGCUGGUAGUAUAGACUCGCACUCCCCCGUGUCUGCUUCACCUACACCGAUGUCACCCAAACUGAGCACCCCUGUACAACCCAAUCUUACUAAAAGACAAAUCCGCGAGCUUCGGGAAGAAUUGAUGGUUAUGAAUGAACAAAAAUUCAUCGUAAAGAAUCUAAUUCAAACUGCAACGAAACAAAGAAAAUUUGAUGAACUUCAAUUACUCUCAGAGAACAAGUCAGAACUUGAAAACACCAUCCAUAUUUUAGAACUGAAGUUAGGAGACUUUGCAUUUAGCUAA